UGUAUAUGUGAUUUCAUAUUUACGCGAAGAUGUGAAUUUCUUAUUUAAAGGUUGGUUGUUCACACUUCAUACCAUUCUCAAACGAUCAUGGCCAAGAAAUCUAUGUUCAGAUACUGCUUGGUGGAUGCAUUUACCGAUUCGGCAUUCAAGGGUAACCCUGCAGCAGUGUGUCUGCUGGAGGAGGAAAGAGACGAAGCGUGGAUGCUCGCGGUGGCGCGUGAGCUCAACGCUCCCGUCACUUGCUAUUUGACUCGGAUGCCCCACGGCAGCAACGAGUUCCGCCUCCGCUGGUUUACAACGGUCAGGGAGGUAAAAUUGUGCGGGCAUGGAACAUUAGCCGCGUCUCACUUUGUGUUCGAACAAGAUCCAGCCAACUCCGACACCAUCCGCUUCUCGACCAUGUCUGGAAUUUUGACGUCGAAACGAAUUCCUCAAAACGCCUCAAACUUCCUUAUUGAGCUGGAUUUCCCAUCCAUCCCUAUGGCUGAAUGUGAAGAAGAAUAUACUCCCUCUAUUUUGAAGAGCUUGAACGUUACUUCCGUCAAUCAAAUCUACAAGACAACUACUUUUGAAGCUUUUCUCAUCGUUGUGGUGGGAUCAAGUGAGGAGGUUGUUGAAGUGGUUCCUGAUUUCGACGAGAUACGGAAAUUGCCUUGCCAAGGAUUAAUCCUUACCGGAGUCGCACCGACCGCCUCACGGUUCGACUUUUUCACACGACUUUUCGCUCCAGUAACGGGGGUUGAUGAGGAUCACGUGUGUGGAAGCGCUCAUUGCGCCUUAGUCAACUACUGGAGCACGCAGCUUGGAAAGCAUGAUUUCGUGGCGUAUCAAGCAUCACAAAGAAGUGGAGUUUUAAACAUACACCACGACCAAAAGAAUAAGAGGGUGUUACUUCGUGGGGAUGCUGUCACGAUUAUGGAAGGCUCUCUUUUAGUUUAAAGCACACUAUGAUAAAUAUUUAUAUAUUGCUUGAUUUGUGCAAUGUGACUUCUUAAUAAAAACAUUCCAUAAUGUGAGAUAUAUUACUACUCCCUCUGUCCCCGAUUAAGAGUUACACUUUUCCAUUUCGGUCUGUCCCCA